CAAGUCAAAAUGAAAUUCAUUAUUACAUUUAAAUAUUUUUAACGAUUGAAAUGCAGAUAAAUAUUUGGACUACAAAUUGUCAGAUUGGUAAAAUAAUCUAAUUGUUUUCAUAUUUUUCAAUCAGUGGCACACCUAAAAUCGCCUAUUUAUGGUCAUUCCUAUUAAACCUUCAUUGACAGGUCAAUUGUUCUUUGUUGUUGAGGAUCAUUUAGGAAUUGUUUUGUUUCGUUGUUCAGUUAUAUCUUGAUUAACCGGAUACUUAUUUACAGACCUUUAAUAACUAGAUAGUUAAAAUAAUAAUUAUACAAAUUGUGGGAGUUAACUUGUAACAAUUUCCGUUGAGGGUUCAGUCUUUUGGAACAACAAUUUAUUUGUCAGAGUAACCACGUUUUAAAUCAUGUUGGUUUAGUUUGUUAAAUGUUAUUCAUUCUUAUUAUUGUUCUUACACUGACAAUUCAGUUCAUUUCAAAUGAAAGUAAAAUAAUGUAAAUUGAUCAACAGUGUUGCUCAAAAGUUUCAGUGUUCAAUUUUUGAAACCAACUGAUCCUAAUUUUGUAUUACAUAGUGAUUUAGUAAAGUGAAUCUUUUAAUUUGGUGAAUCUUCAAUGAUUGAUGGACAAUUCAACUAAAUGUUUUUGCCAUAAAAUAGAUUGUAUAAAGUGCUAAUUCAACUAUUAAUUUCAUCUAAAGCUCACUAAAUUGGUGGGUUUACUUUUUUUCGUAGUGCAUAUCACGAUGAAUUGCAAUGUCAACGUAAACUGUGUUAACCAACGGAUAUUUUAAAAAACAAAGUUGCUUGUCAAUGUCAAAUAAUUUGGGAGCCAAAAUCGUCCGAGCGGACCCAAUUAUAUUUCUCGUUACUUUAAUCAUACUUGCGGAACAAGCCAAUUCAACGAAUUACUAUGAUUUUCUUGAAAAUCCUAUUCAAGGAUGUGCUAUGCUUGGAUAUCCAAAGUCCACUUUAAAUGAAUGUGGCUACUGUGUCGGCAAUGAUACUGGACUUGAUGAGGAUUAUGGUAAAGAUUGUUUAGGUGUUUGCCAUGGUUCGGCAAUAUUUGACUGUAAAAAUGUUUGCAAUGGUACUGCUUACAGAGAUAAAUGCACAAACCAAUGUUUAGAUGAAGCUUCUGAGUUACCAGAAUCAACCAGAGACUGCAGAGGUGAAUGUAUCCAACCCAAUUUACCUCUAGAGCAAUUACCGUAUCGUUUAGAUGAAUGUGGCUAUUGUCGUCUUCAAUCAAGUGAACUUUCGCCUUACAUCGAUUGCUCGAAACAAUGCCAUCCUCCUGGUUUGUCGACAUCUCGAUCAGUUUGUGGUUUUUGCAUUAAUCCUUCUUCCAAUAUAACCGAAGAAGAUGUUAAAGAUGAAUGUGGCAACUGUCUUCAGGACGGAGCCUAUUGCUCUUGCAGCAGAGACCCAAAACUAUGUGGCUGCGAUAAUGCUGAUCAUUGUUACAAGAUCCGAUCUGUUGAGCCUAAAAUGAUUGAAAAAGGCACAGAGAGUCAGAUUUUACUUAUUGGUUAUUUUCAUCCAAUGUCUGAAGAUCUCGACUGUGUUUAUCGCCACGAAGCUAACGAUGAGGAAGCUUAUGCACCGAUAUUUUUCAUUCCAAAGAACAGAACUGCUGUUUAUUGUUCAAUCUAUCCAGUAAUUGAGGGAAGCUAUUCAAUAGGUUUAAGAUCAAGGAGUAAGAAUCAUAAUUUGCCAGAAACAAGUUCGAUUAAAAUAUUUGCAUUCGAUCUACUCAAAGCUCGAAUAACUGGAAUGCAACCAGCGGAGAUUACCACAACUGAGUUCACCGAAGAUCUAGAGUUGACAUUUGUUGGACCCAGUUUAUCCGCUAUACCCGAUUUGAGAUUAAUUUGUCUUGUUAGUAAAUCGGAAGGAGAGGCUGAAGAAGAGGAUUCAUCUGAAUUAUAUGAACCAACUUCAAUCUUAACCAUCACUGGAAAUAAGCCAUACACUUGCAUUUUACCCAAGAGUCAAUCAGCCUCCUCUACGUCCUUAUUAAUUACACCGACGAUUGACGGAGUCAACCCAUUAUCUUCCCCGUUUACAUUCACUUUGAUAUCACCAGCACCGACCAUUUCGCAUGCCAAUUGCUUCAUAUCAUCUGAUGGUCUUGCAAUGGUCGUUAUGUUUACUCGUCCAGUUGAUGUUUAUUCAUCUUUGGAGAUGUUAUCCGUUGGAUCAAAUUUAUGUGACCAUAUCUUGACCGAUGAAAGUUUAGAUAAACUAUCCAAGUAUAAACGAUUGAACUGUGUUUGGUCUAGCAAAGUACAACUAGUGAUUUACCUACAAAAACCAAUGGAAGAAAAUAUAUUUGAAUUGUCGUUAAGAAAAGGAAUCUUUAAGGAAGAUUCAUCGAACAUUGCAUUAGUUAAUGAUGAACCGAUUAAAAUUGUGAUGCGUAAAUUGACAACCGAAUGGUGGGUUUAUACACCUAGAUUAGUAAUCACUGGACCAUCAGAGGUCCCUCGGUGUGGACUCUUCUCUCUAUCUGGACAUUAUUCUUCCCCGAAAGGAACAACUGGAGUUGCAUUUAAAUGGACAGUUACUCGGGACAAUCUUCCUUCGACUUCAACUGAAGAGCCGAUCAAUGAAGAGUUGACUCAUAUAGUGAGCUCAACAACAUCACAGAAUCUUAUUCUAGACGCAAUUUUAUUCCAACCAGGAGUUAGUUAUCAAUUUACUCUCACUACCGAGUCUGAUUUAGGUUCAUUAAUAGCGACACACCGUUUGAUCAGAUUCAACUACGAUGCACCAAUAGUCAGCAUUUAUUCAAACAUUAUGUUACCAGCACAGCCUUAUACAAUUGAUACAACUGCUGUGUUUUGGGCAGAAACGUAUAUUCCUACUUGUAUUCAUCCAUUCCAAAGAGUGGGAAUAUUUUGGAAGGUUGCAGAUCCUCAUGUUAAGUUUAACUUUACUUUAGCUUAUCUAUCAGUUUAUAUACUCAGUCCAUUUUCACUUCCACCCGAUCGACCAGUAACAUUUUAUCUAAAUGCCUUUCUUGGUCAUCGUAUAAACGAAACGAGUGGAGCUGCAUUUUCUUUAAUCGGUUUACAGCCGCCACUUCAAGCUUUGAUUGCAAAUGGAUCACCAAUGAUUGCUCUAGGUCAUGAAUCAGGUCCAAUAAUGAUUUCUGGUUCAGCCUCAGGCGAUGGGACGAAGAAGCCUCUUUCAUUCCAUUGGAAUUGUUUAGAUAGCGAUACACAUGAACCAUGUUUCUUUAAUUUUGCUUCAUUAGAUGAUUCAGAUCUAGAGAUUGCAUCCAACCGAAACUAUGUGUUGAUCGACUCAACUAUGCAAAGACAACCCGAGCUUUUACUUGACUCAUCUAAUUUCAUGCCAAACAGAGAGCUCAUCUUAAGCCUUCAGGUUCACGACAGAAACGACACAAAUCGAGUCUCUAAUCCUGAAUUAACAUUGUUAAAGAUUACUUCAGGCGAUGCUCCUCAAGUUUUCAUGGGUUCAAUUUACAUUAGUCGCAAGUACAGAGCUAAUAUCCGUAGUCCACACAAUUUAGCAAUCAUGGUUCCAGCUCAUACACCAUUAUUAAUCAAGGGAACCGUUAAGUCAUCAGUACCACUGAGCUAUUUGGCCUGGGAAGCAAAUAAUUUUAUUCAUCCUUUGAAUUGGAAUACAAAAAGAGGUUCUUGGAGAAAUGGGGAAACCCACACUGAAUUGCAUAUUCAUUCAGAUCACAUUUAUCCAUAUGGAUUGCACGUUUUUAAGCUAAAAGCCUGUAACACAAAUGACCAAUGUUCUGAGGCUACAACACAAUUCACAGCUUCUCAGGGAGUAACUCAAUGCUCCAUAUCGAUUCCUGCUUAUCAUGAAUACGAAUUGGUCAAUGUUUCAGUCGAGAAAUGUAACAUUCCUCCAGGCUAUGGACCAUUAGUUUAUCAACUAUAUGCAAUUAACGAGAAAACUGAGGAAAUUUUUCCAAUCACAGUUCCACAGUUUUCAAAUGUUUUCCUGUUCCCCGGUUUACCGGCUAUUGAUCAAGAAAAGGCAGAGAACACAUUUGCCCUUAAAUUUUGUGAUACUUUUAAUUACUGUGAAAUGGUUUACGCUUCACCAACCACAGUCUAUCCGAAUGAGAAUAAAACCUCAUUAAUCGAUGAUUUGUUGAAACUUGCACGAAAAUACAACAUUGGAGGGGAUCCUUUCCAUGCCAUGCAAUCAUUAGGAAUAAUUUUGAAGGAAGCUUCCUUGGAUAAACCAUUACAAUACAAAACAAUGUCUGAAACGAUUGAUUAUAAUCUAGAGGUUCUCCAACGACCAUCGCAAUUACUAAACCGAGGCCAAUUGGCUUUAUCACUCGGUCUUCUGUCAGAAAUUGUUCGUAAAUCGGAUAAUAAUAGACUUCGAGAAAAGGCAAUGGACGCAAUCCGUAAAUUAGCGGAAAAGGGCUAUUCACUUGAAAUGAUUCCGGACUUGAUGACAAUUAGAUCGACAAUGUUUAACUUGAUGUUUCCUUACAGUCGAGGAGCUGGACUAAUUGCUAAAGCUGAUGAUUUACCAAAAACAUUGAAAUCGAGUCGAAAAGUAUUCAAUGUACUUCUGCAAAUGGCUGCUGCUCAGCUUUCACUUGGGAAAAGAGUUGAAUUUGGUAGUUAUAGUGAAGAUUUAUUUGAAGAUGAAAAACAAGAGAGUAUAUUUAAAACAAUUAUGAUUCAUGAUAAAACAAUUGAAGGAACUCAUUUGAAAAUUGGUGACACUGAAGUGACUAUUAAAAUUGGUAAAUCAGUUAAAAAAAGGUUUGCAGGAUCAUGGAAGUGUACACCUGAUAGCCUUUGCAAUUCUGUUGUUUAUUCUUAUACAGUUUUCCCCACUUCUGGGCCUUUCCCUGAAGUCUCUGAUGGCUACAGAAUUGCUCCGAUUCUAAUGUUUAAUAUAUUCACUCCGGGAACGGGAAAAUUGCAAACAAUUAAGACUGGUUUGAAUGCAGUUGAGGUGACAUUUACUUAUACAGGCAAUCGAUCGUAUGGACUUGAUUAUUCGACCAAAUGUAAAUCUUGGUCUGAUACAAAAGAUUCAUGGAAACCUGACGGAGUUCAUUUAUUACGGGCAUCUCAUGAAAGAAUCUCAUGUUGGUCUGGUUUCAUCGCCCCAUUCACUGUCUACAGAAUUCCUCAAAGAUGGAAUGUCGGAGCUGUUGCUUCAAUGGUGUUUGGUGGUUUGCUUUUUUUCAUCUUGGUUGGUUUCACUAUUAUCAUUUGUUCAUCUAAAAGUCCAACAGCACAACGGCUUAGCCAACCUCCCUUUGAUCGCAGAAUGCUUAGACCAAUGACGGAAUAAUUAAAUAAUUGUAAAUUAACAAUUCUCUGCCUUGCCAAAUUCAUUCAAUGAAACUUAUUGAUUUUCAUUAAAUAAAAUUGU